GCGGCUUGCUGAGUGCACACCAUCCUUCAAAGCCAUCCACAACAACGGAUAUGGGGGCUGGGGAAUCAAGGGCUCAUGGUGGCGGAGAGGCUGGUCCUCCAGACUACUAUGCUCUACUUGAAGUGGAAGAAUCUGCUACAGCGGAUGAGAUAAGGAGAUCCUUUCGUAGACUUGCUCUUAUUCACCAUCCAGACAAAAAUUACGACAACAUAGAGGAGGCAACAAAGAAAUUUUCUGCGCUUCAGCAAGCAUACGAGGUUCUGAGCGACGAGCAAGAACGAGCUUGGUAUGAUAGUCACAGGGCAUCUCUUGUCCCAGAGCCCGACGCGGAAACAGUCUUCGAGGAGAUCAGGAAGGGGGCACCUGCCCCUCGCGCUCAGAAUCGUGGGCUUACCGUCAGACAUCUAAGCCAAUUCUUUGAUACAUCCAUAUACUCUGGCUAUGACGACGAGCCUAAUAGUUUCUUCACAAUUUACCGAAACCUCUUUGAUCGGUUAGCUCAUGAUGAGUCACAGUUCCAGAGUGAACCCAUCGUUCUGCCGUCUUUUGGUUACUCCACCUGGCGGUGGACUGAGGCGUCGAAGAAUGAAUCUGAUCAAGCUGCUCGGACGUUCUACAACUAUUGGCUACACUUUGUCACAGCGAAAGAUUUCUCUUGGGUAGAACAAUGGCACGCAAACGAAGCUCCGGAACGUCGGAUACGCAGGAUGAUGGAGAAGGACAACAAGAAAGCUCGCGAUGACGCUCGAAAGGAGUACAAUGAAACUAUCAGGGCACUAGUCUCGUUCGUUCGCAAACGCGAUCCGCGAUACAAAUCACACCUCUCCCGACAAUCUGCCGCCGCAGCCGCCAUUGCCGCGCCCAAGAAACUUACCCCAUCUGUUACACCACCUAAAAGACCCGCCAGUGCUGCUACAACGACUGGCACACCCGUCUUUGUCGAGCAGGAUUGGCAAAAAGCUGACAGACUAGGGGUGGAUGAUGCUGAUCUGGAGUGGGCUGCUGCUGAAGGCGAAGAAGAUUCAGAGGAAUGGGAGUGCGUUGCAUGUGGGAAAAUAUUCCGAAGUGAAGCGGCUUGGGAUAGCCACGAACGGAGUAGGAAACACUUACAGGCGGUCGAGCGGUUGAAGAGGGAGAUGUUGGAAGAGAACGACGCUUUGGGUUUGGAUUCCCUGAAAGGUGACGAGAGCGCAGAGGAGGACGAAGAACCAACCAUCGGAGAGCAAGAAGGGAAGAUUGAUCUAGAUGGGCCUCCCUCUUCUCCUGCCCCUCCGCCGUUGGAAUCACGGAUGACUGUAAGCCCCGACCUGGACGCUCAGCCAGAAGACGCAGAAGGGGAAGAGCUUUCCUCGCGAUCUAAACAUAAGAAGAAAGCUGGGAAGCCGAAGUCUCGUGGUCCUUCACCCAGCCCGCCGCGGCGGACGGAACGUCGGGCCAGAGGUCGUAGAAACGAUCUCGAUGUUGGUCUUCCCGAUGACGGCCUUGUCUCUGAGAGCGUCAGUCGUCAGUCACCGGGACUUGAAGCUGAAGUAGUUCCCACUGCAACGGUAGCAACUAUUGAUGGCAGUGAUCACGAUCAAGCGGUCAAGCCUGAGCUCUCGAAGCGAGAGAAAAGGCGAGCGAAGGAGGCUGCGAGGAAAUCGCAAGGCGUGGCUGCCACUCUGAAGUCGGUAUGUAAUGUUUGCGGAGAGCAGUUCGAGAGUAAAACGAAACUAUUUGCACAUAUUAAUGAGCUCGGACAUGCGGCGGCAUCGUCCGCAGGUUCUUGUGCUGCAGGGGGCGGGGGUGCUGGGAAGAAAAAGGGCAAGAAGGGCAGAUAGGGAUUGUGUGAAGUGGUUGUAUAUCAUGUAGCUGUAUCGCUGUACAAUAUACCUGUAUUCAAAUUAAGAUACCGCGAGGAGCGAAGCGAUACAGUGCUAGGCCU